UUGAUGGCAGGCUCAAUGGGAGUGGCGCCGUGAGAGGUCGUUCAGUCCUGAGGGAGCGGCCUCACGUAGUGCGCAAGUGUUACCAGGAGUGGGGUGACAUGGGUGUUUAAGACAGAACUAUAGUAGGCUAAAAACGUAACGUACAGUGGUUCAGAAUCACAACCGACGUGUUGUGAAGUAUAUUUAAAGUCAUGUCAACUAGGACCCGUGCUGGUUUUCAUCGCCAAGAAGUGAACAAAACUGUUUGGGAAGUACCUGAGCGCUACCGAGACUUGAGGCAGGUGGGGACGGGAGCGUAUGGAACAGUAUGCUCAGCGUUGAACCGACGCUCUGGAUCUAAGGUGGCUAUCAAGAAACUCCACCGGCCGUUCCAGUCCGAGCUCUUCGCCAAGAGAGCCUACCGUGAGCUGCGCCUGCUGAAGCACAUGAGACAUGAGAAUGUCAUUGGGCUCCUCGAUGUUUUCACCUCCUCUCUGUCUCUGGAUAGAUUCCAGGACUUUUACUUGGUGAUGCCCUACAUGGGCACUGACUUGGGCAAACUGAUGAAGAUGCAGAAGCUCUCGGAGGACAAAGUGCAGUUCCUGGUGUAUCAGAUGCUCAGCGGACUGAAGUAUAUCCAUGCUGCUGGAAUCAUCCACAGGGACCUUAAACCAGGGAAUCUGGCCAUCAACCAGGACUGUGAGCUAAAGAUCCUGGACUUUGGCCUGGCGCGGCAGGCAGACAGUGAGAUGACGGGGUACGUGGUGACUCGCUGGUACAGAGCGCCUGAGAUCAUUCUCAGCUGGAUGCAUUACACACAGACAGUGGAUAUCUGGUCCGUGGGCUGCAUCAUGGCUGAGAUGCUGUUGGGAGCUCCACUCUUCAAAGGGACCGACCACUUGGAUCAGCUGACCGAGAUCAUGAAAAUCAUUGGAACUCCAACACAGGACUUCAUCAACAAACUACAGUCUCAAGAUGCCAAAAGCUACAUUGAAAGACUACCAAAGCUUAAGAAAAAAGAUUUGCGAUUGCUGAUACCCAAAGCCAACAAACUUGCGGUGGAUCUGCUGGACCACAUGCUGCUGCUGGACCCCGACUGCAGAGUGACCGCCAGCGAGGCCCUGGGGCUGCCGUACUUCAGCGAGCUGAGGGACCCAGAGGACGACACGGAGAUCCAGCCGUACGACCACUCAGCGGACCAUGCUGACCUCACCCUGGAGCAGUGGAAACGUUACACAUUCACAGAGAUCUUGUCCUUCAAGCCUCCACCAGCUCCUCCACCAGAGGCCAAGGAGACCUCUCUCUAAGAUGCUGCUGCUUCCUCACCAUUUCUCAGGAUUCACUGGAGUGCGAGUGCGAGUGCGAGUGCGAGUGCGAGUGCGAGUGCGUGUCUGUGUGUGUCUGUGUGUGUGUGUGUCUUUUUGUGUUUAUGCCUUUUAUACAGCCAAAGGACCUUCUGUUUCAUAAAAUGCAAAUGUUCCCAUACACAAAAAAUAUAUUUGAAAUAUAUGUUCACAAUAUAUUUUUAAAUAUAUGUAAAUAUUUUAAAUGUGCCCUUAUUUUCUGUAUGCAUACAAGCCCAUACACACAAAAAACAUAUAUUUGAAAUAUAUUUUCACAAUAUAUUUUUGAAAUAUAUGUAAAUAUUGAAGCAUAUUUCUGACACUUAAAAAUACAUUUCAAUAUAUUUUUUUCUGUAUGGGAACUCUCACAGCAUUGUCGGUACAAUACAGCGUAUUUGUGGUACUGAAUGUAGGACAUAUUUUAUUUACAUGUUACCGUGUAGAGUAUACAUAGGGAAUGUGAUUUAUGUCGUACUUAGCUGUGAAUCAGCUACUCUCAUAUGGAUCAUUUCAGAUCUCAGCUCCUUCAGAAAAGUGAUUCUUUAAAUUGUUGCUGUUUUUUUAAUCUAUCUGGGGGUUUAUUUAGUCUGUCUCUUCGACUGUCCUGUGAGAAAGUGAGAUUUAUUGGACCUGUUUUUAGCUACUGAAUGUUUCCUUGAUGCAAAUAAGCCAAAGCUUAUCAAUAGUGUAACAAAGUGGAUAUUUGGGAAGAAGUUUCUAGAAAGCCAUAUAUUGUUGAUUAGAGUGCCUUUGCUGGACUAAUGAAAUUACAUUUUUGUAUGAUCAUUUCUUGUGCACAAUGUUUUACUUUUUUCUGGAUGACAGUAUUUUUAUAUUAAAAAAACUUUUGC